CUUCUCUCUCACAACUUUAUUCACCCCCCAUUAAAAAAAAUAUGAAGAAAGAGGGAAUCAAGUCUUAUUACCAAGCAAAGAUUGAAGAAUGCGAAAUCGUCAUGAACGAAAAGUCGCAGGAUUUGAGACGUUUGGAAGCACAAAGAAAUGCUUUAAACGCAAAGGUUCGUCUCUUGAAGGAAGAACUUCAAUUAUUACAAGAACCUGGAUCCUAUGUUGGUGAAGUUGUUAAAGUGAUGGGCAAAAAGAAGGUCUUGGUCAAGGUUCACCCUGAAGGAAAAUUUGUAGUGGAUCUCGGUGCUGAUAUUGAUAUUGCACAAUUAACACCCACCACGCGUGUAGCACUUCGUAACGAUUCUUAUCAACUUCAUAAAGUUUUGCCCAACAAAAUCGAUCCUCUUGUAUCUCUCAUGAUGGUUGAGAAGGUUCCUGAUUCCACCUAUGAAAUGGUUGGUGGUCUCGAUCAACAAAUUAAAGAAAUCAAGGAAGUGAUUGAGUUACCUGUGAAGCAUCCUGAGCUCUUUGAGGCUCUUGGUAUUGCUCAGCCAAAGGGUGUCCUUCUUUAUGGUCCUCCUGGUACUGGUAAAACUCUCUUAGCAAGAGCUGUUGCUCAUCAUACAGAUUGUCGUUUCAUUCGUGUCUCUGGUUCCGAAUUGGUGCAAAAAUAUAUCGGUGAAGGUAGUCGAAUGGUCCGUGAGCUUUUCGUCAUGGCAAGAGAGCAUGCUCCUUCUAUUAUCUUUAUGGAUGAAAUUGAUUCUAUCGGUUCAGCUCGUAUGGAAAGUGGUGGAGGAGGCGAUUCCGAAGUACAAAGAACCAUGUUGGAAUUAUUGAAUCAGCUCGAUGGUUUUGAAGCAACAAAGAACAUCAAGGUCAUCAUGGCCACCAAUCGUAUAGACAUUUUGGAUCCUGCAUUACUGCGUCCUGGACGUAUUGAUCGUAAGAUCGAAUUCCCCCCACCAAGUGAAGAAGCGCGUGCAGACAUUUUAAAGAUUCAUUCUCGCAAGAUGAACUUGACUCGUGGUAUCAACCUUCGCAAGAUUGCCGAAAAGAUGGGUGGAAGUAGUGGUGCUGAAGUAAAGGCCGUUUGUACAGAGGCUGGUAUGUUUGCUUUGCGUGAACGUCGUGUUCACGUCACCCAAGAAGAUUUCGAAAUGUCAGUUGCAAAGGUCAUGAAGAAGGAUUCAGACUCCAAUACCAGUUUGAAGAAACUUUGGAAGUAGAUCAAAUAAAAAUAGUAAUAAUACAUGGACAUUCUUUUUUUUUCAAAAA